AUGCAAGCCAUGUACCAUUAUACUAUAUAAUGGUUCUUGCUACAUUAUUGCUUUUGGAAAUUUGGUAUUUGAUAUUGAUUUAUACCAAAUACGUGUGAUUUUCGCCACCUUUUUCGUCUCUCGUGAUCACUCACAUGCCGAGAAUGGCUUCCACUGCCUUAAACCCCACUUGAUCGCAUUUCACACUCAAUUGUUGAGUUGUGCCCCCGACUUUUCAAUUCCAUCCCCUAUAAUCUCGAUUUUCCAUAAUCUCGCUGAGCUCUGACCGCUUCUCUGGAUCCCCAUUAUAUUCUCAGCUUGAAAUAUCUCUUCUUUCAGGAACUUCUGAGUAAAGGUGCUUGCGGUUGAUUCACUUCUUCUUUUGGGCAAUGGCUUCCUCAUGUUUGACCUUGAAAGCCAAUGCUCAUUUACCAAAUGCAAUGAAGGGCGAUUUCUUUCGCCAGGAUAAUGGGUUUUUUGGAGAAAAAGUCAAGAACCCGAAUUGCAUCAGUCCCUUUGUAAAUCAGUCGACUUCACGUUUGAGACACGAGAAGAGGGUGAAGAAGAUCAAACCCGGCGUUGUUUCUGCUGUUCUUACAUCAAAUGAGACCAAAGAAUCUCUGGUUGACUACCAGACCUUACAGGUUCCUUCAUUUCUGAGACGAAAGGCUGACCCCAAAAAUGUAAUUUCCAUCAUAUUGGGCGGAGGACCUGGAACACAUCUCUUGCCUCUCACCAAACGAGCUGCAACACCUGCUGUACCUGUUGGUGGAUGCUACAAGCUCAUAGACAUCCCAAUGAGCAACUGUAUCAACAGCGGCAUUAACAAAAUCUUUGUUCUCACCCAAUUCAAUUCUGCACCCCUGAACCGUCAUAUCUCACGCACCUACUUUGGAAACGGUGUCAGCUUCGGGGAUGGAUUUGUGGAGGUUCUAGCAGCCACUCAGACACCUGGUGAAGCAGGGAAGAAGUGGUUCCAAGGGACUGCAGAUGCUGUGAGACAAUUUACAUGGGUUUUUGAGGAUGUCAAGAACACGAACGUUGAGAAUGUAUUGAUCUUGGCAGGAGAUCAUCUAUAUAGAAUGGAUUACAUGGACCUUGUGCAGAGCCAUGUUGACAGAAAUGCUGAUAUUACAAUUUCAUGCGUGCCAGUGGGUGACAGUCGCGCCUCAGAUUAUGGAUUGGUCAAGGUGGAUGGCAGAGGCCGCAUCACCCAAUUUUUGGAAAAACCAAAGGGUGCCGAUUUAAAAGCAAUGCACGUAGAUACCUCUUUUAUCGGGUUGUCACACCAAGAUGCAUCAGAGUCACCAUAUAUAGCAUCCAUGGGGGUUUAUGUAUUUAAGACAGAUGUUUUGCUCAAGCUUUUGAAAUGGCGAUAUCCUACGUCCAAUGACUUUGGAUCUGAAAUCAUUCCUGCAGCUGUGAGGGAACACAAUGUCCAAUCAUAUUUCUUCAGAGACUACUGGGAAGACAUUGGAACGAUAAAGUCCUUUCACAAUGCUAACCUUGCUCUUACUGAAGAGAAUCCAAAGUUUGAAUUUUAUGAUCCCAAAACACCAAUUUUCACAUCUCCUCGUUUCCUGCCGCCAACGAAGAUUGACAAGUGUCAGAUUGUGGAUGCAAUUAUCUCUCAUGGAUGUUUCCUUCGAGAAUGUACGAUCCGGCACUCCAUUGUGGGUGAACGUUCUCGUUUGGAUUAUGGUGUUGAGCUCCUGGACACUGUAAUGAUGGGAGCAGACCACUACCAAACUGAAUCGGAAAUCGCUUCUCUGCUAGCAGAAGGGAAGGUCCCAAUUGGGAUUGGGAGCAAUUCCAAAAUCAGUAACUGUAUAAUUGACAAGAAUGUGAGGAUCGGGAAAGAUGUGGUGAUCAUGAAUAAAGAUGGGGUUCAGGAAGCAGAUAGAGCAAAUGAUGGAUUUUGCAUUCGAUCAGGGAUCACUGUGAUCUUGGAGAAGGCCACAAUAGAAGACGGCACUGUGAUAUGAAUGGUGGCUAUGUUAAUCUCACCAGCUGGAGUGAGAGUUGUCAAGAGAUUCUGGGAAAGAUACCGAAGAACACUUGCACUGUGAGGAGACACAGGGCUAGCAGUUUCCAGUGUCCCCCCCCCCUCUCUCUCUCUCUCUCUGUGUGCCUGCGCGCAGUGAAGGAAGCAGGAGCAAGGAGCAGCAGCCAUUUUGGUAGAUGUAAAAUAGAACCUGCUCUACUACAUGUAAAAAAAAAAAAAAAAACAGUUAAAAUAAGGUGUGAUGUGAAGAUCCAUGAACGUUAAUAAAAGGAAGCACUUCCCCUUUCACAAA